GGGGGAGAGCAGGGGUUAAGGGAGGGGGAAGGAGAGGGAAGUGAUCCACCCACGAAGGCCGAGUUACAAGCAUAUAAGGCGUGGGCUGGGCUGGACUGGCAGACACUUGGGCUGACGGCAGUGAGCAGACAUCAGCACCAACCAUGAAGACCUACGUGUGUGUGGCUCUGGGCCUCCUGGCAGUGGCGGCUCUGGUGCACGCUGACCCUGAGCCCGAGGCCCUCGCCGAAGCCGACCCCGACGCCCACCGGCCCUACUCCUACCACUACGGCUACCCCCACUACGGCCACUACUCCUACCGCCACUACGGCUACCCGCGCUACCACCACCACCACAAGCGGUCCGCUGACCCUGAGGCCAGUGCUGACCCAGAGCCCAGCAGACACUACUACGGCCACCACCACCACACCCCCUACCACUACCACCACCACCACAAGCGCUCCGCUGACCCCGAGGCUGCCGCUGAGCCCAGCAGGCACUACUCCUACGGUCACCCCCACCACUACGGCUACUACCACCACAGGCCCCACUACUACCACAACCACCACAAGCGCUCCGCUGACCCCGAGCCCAGCGCAGAGCCCAGCAGGACCCACUACUACGGGUACGGCCACCCCGGCUACCACUACUACAUGUACCCCUACUACCGCUACGGCUACUACCACCCGGUAAAUAAAGAAGUGUGUGUGGCUCUGGGCCUCCUGGCAGUGGCGGCUCUGGUGCACGCUGACCCUGAGCCCGAGGCCCUCGCCGAAGCCGACCCCGACGCCCACCGGCCCUACUCCUACCACUACGGCUACCCCCACUACGGCCACUACUCCUACCGCCACUACGGCUACCCGCGCUACCACCACCACCACAAGCGGUCCGCUGACCCUGAGGCCAGUGCUGACCCAGAGCCCAGCAGACACUACUACGGCCACCACCACCACACCCCCUACCACUACCACCACCACCACAAGCGCUCCGCUGACCCCGAGGCUGCCGCUGAGCCCAGCAGGCACUACUCCUACGGUCACCCCCACCACUACGGCUACUACCACCACAGGCCCCACUACUACCACAACCACCACAAGCGCUCCGCUGACCCCGAGCCCAGCGCAGAGCCCAGCAGGACCCACUACUACGGGUACGGCCACCCCGGCUACCAAUACUACAGGUACCCCUACUACCGCUACGGCUCCUACCACCGCCACCACUAGAGCCGAUCCCUUUCUUCACUUCACCAUGACCCUGCAACGGGCCACUCCACCUCCUUCACAUCCACUUUAUCCUCCACUUCCACGACCAUCCUGCUGCGGGCCACCUCCUCCACCAUCUCCUCUACUUCCUCCUCCUCCUCCCCCCCACGGCCGCCACUUGUCUCGACGCAGCGACUUGCUUCCCCGGGGCGGCUGGCGGGAGAGGCGCCGACACCCGGACUCACGGAUA